AUGUCGGCCGAGGAGAUGGUGCAGAUCCGCCUGGAGGACCGCUGCUACCCGGUGAGCAAGAGGAAGCUCAUCGAGCAGAGCGACUACUUCCGCGCGCUCUACCGCUCCGGCAUGCGCGAGGCCCUGCGCGCCGAGGCGGGCGGCCCCGAGGUGCAGCAGCUGCGCGGCCUGAGCGCGCCGGGCCUGCGCCUGGUGCUGGACUUCAUCAACGCCGGCGGCGCCCGCGAGGGCUGCUGGCUGCUGGGCCCGCGGGGGGACCAGGGCGGCGGCGGCGGCGGCGGCGGCGGCGGCGGCGCGGCCGACGAGGAGGACCUGGACGAGGCGGGCCUGCUGUCCGAGCUGGUGGAGGCGGCCUCCUUCCUGCAGGUCACGUCGCUGCUGCAGCUGCUGCUGUCCCAGGUGCGGCUCACCAACUGCCUGGAGCUGUACCGCCUGGCGCAGGUGUACGGGCUGCCCGACCUGCAGGAGGCCUGCCUGCGCUUCAUGGUGGUCCACUUCCACGAGGUGCUGUGCAAGCCCCAGUUCCACCUCCUGGGCUCCCCCGCGCAGGCCCCCGGGGACGUCAGCCUGAAGCAGAGGCUGAGGGAGGCCCGGCUGACGGGGACGCCCGUCCUCGUGGCCCUGGGGGAUUUCUUGGGGGGGCCCUUGGCCCCGCACCCCUACCAGGGGGAGCCUCCGUCCAUGCUCAGGUACGAGGAGAUGACGGAGCGUUGGUUCCCGCUGGCCAACAACCUUCCUCCCGACCUGGUCAACGUCCGGGGCUACGGGUCUGCCAUCCUGGACAACUACCUCUUCAUCGUGGGCGGCUACAGGAUCACCAGCCAGGAGAUCUCCGCCGCGCACUCCUACAACCCCAGCACCAACGAGUGGCUCCAGGUGGCCUCCAUGAACCAGAAGAGGUCUAACUUCAAACUUGUGGCUGUUAAUUAUAAACUCUACGCCAUCGGCGGGCAGGUCGUGUCCAAUGUCGAGUGUUACAAUCCCGAGCAGGAUGCGUGGAAUUUUGUCGCACCCUUACCCAAUCCUCUGGCUGAGUUCUCUGCGUGCGAGUGCAAAGGGAAAAUCUAUGUCAUUGGAGGAUAUACGACCAAAGACCGGAACAUGAACAUUCUGCAGUACUGCCCCUCCGCCGACAUCUGGACCCUCUUUGAAACGUGCGACGUCCACAUCCGCAAGCAGCAGAUGGUGUCAGUGGAGGAGACCAUCUACAUCGUGGGGGGCUGUCUCCACGAACUGGGGCCCAACCGGAGGAGCAGCCAGAGCGAGGACAUGCUCACCGUGCAGUCCUACAACACGGUCACCCGGCAGUGGCUCUACCUCAAGGAGAACACGUCCAAGUCGGGCCUCAACUUGACUUGCGCGCUGCACAACGACGGCAUCUACAUCAUGAGCAGAGACGUGACCCUGUCCACCAGCCUGGAGCAUCGCGUGUUCCUCAAGUACAACAUCUUCGCCGAUAGCUGGGAAGCAUUCAGGCGUUUUCCGGCCUUUGGACACAACUUGCUGGUGUCCUCUCUCUAUCUGCCCAAUAAAACGGAAACAUGA